AUGGGCUCGCCACAGAACACAGAAAUGGACACUGCGAUGGACAUCGAUUCUACUGCGCAAGACAUCCAAGUUCCCAGUACCAGGGAAGCUAUGGAAACCGACACAUCAGAAACCACACCCCUCGACAUCGUCUGCCAGCAAGUAGAAAACCUCAAUCUCAACCUUAACACCAACCCCCAAGCCACCCACAAAGUCUUCUCAAACCCCAAGCUCCUUUCCAAGAUCCUCCUCAACCUCCCUGUACUAGACCUCCUGACCCGCUGCCAUCUCGUUAGCCGCACGUGGCACCACACCAUCUCCACCACGCCCUCUUUGCAACAAGCCCUCUUCUUCGCCCCAGUACCUGGAAUCCGGAUCCAGUAUCUAGACAACCACUGGGCUACCAUCUCCUCGAAACCCACAAUCGUUCCAGCUAACGAGAUCACCGCCAACCCCUUCCUCUCCCGCGUGCAAGGCCCCAUUACCGUAUCACCAAGCUCGCAGUGUUACACGCACCCAGCGGUCAUGAGAUCCGAGGCGAGUUGGAGACGCAUGUUGAUCUCGCAGCCGAUGAUUGCGGCUGUUGUGAUUAGAUGCAGUGAUGUGGAGAUUCUGGAUGGGGAGGUUUCAAGGGCGAUUGAGGAGGAUCGGGAGGGUUUGAAGUUGGGGUUUGAGAGGGGGUCGAGAUUCUUGGAGAAUCUUGCUGACAUGAAGGGGGCGUGUGUUGGGGCUGAGAUUGAGGGCGCCGAGGGCUGGAGUAGAGUGUAG